AUGUCUGAGAACUGGUUUGUUUACUCCUUCUUCGGCGAUGUUACCGACGAGCGAGACUUCUGCCAAGAUUUCCAACUUGUGAUCUCGGAGCUUUACGAGUCAUCUAUCCCCAACGACCGCGGUCCUUUGGAUUACGCUGCAGACUUCUCCAGUCUCAAUGCCUUCAUCAUCCCUGAGCCUAUAUUCCACAUGGCUGUCACCCAGACUCGCCAGGGAAUUACUAUCCGCCAGCUCCUUUGCACUCUGCCAGAGUCGAGCUCCAUCGUUGGCAUUCCUCGGCCUGUUCUAGAUCCCCGCCGCCCCGUCGACCGAGCCCCAACCGCUUCCGAGGCAGUGGAAGGUCUUUUCCGUUAUGCCCCACUGCUCGAGUUUGAUGGCAAGUGGUUCAUCACUCAUGCUCGUGAUGUUUCAGAUAUCAAGACAGUACUCUCCGAGCCCACUCUUCUUGAGAGUACCAACCUCAUCUUUGCAUUCGGUGGCGAUAUUUUCGGUACAAGAGCCACCCCUAGCCAAGCCUUUGAUGCUCUUGGCAAGAGCUUUUCCAGAUUGCAGCUCGUUCUUACAGUGGUAUCGUUGGCAAUCGGUGUGGCUUUCCUAGCCCCCAUGAAGAAGCAGGUCAACUUGCUGUGGAAAGCGAAUUAG